AUGAGUGAUAACGAACCAUACAUAUAUAUAAAACCUUUAAGAAAGAAAAAGAAAAGUGAUGGGGAAAAAAAAAGUGUUAAAGGAGGGAAGCUAAAGGAUAAGAAGGACGAGAGGAACGAAAGGGAUGAGAGGGACGAGAGAGACGAGAGGGAUGAGAGGAACGAGAGGGGCGAGAGGGACGAGGUGGAAGAGAGGGAUGAGGUGAAAAAUGCCAAUUCCGAAAUUGCCGAUGCCGAAAUCGUUGAAAUUAUCGUUAGGGAAAGGGAAAA